ACAACUAUUUUGAUAAUCAUAGAUUAACGUUCAAUUCCCCAGGUCUAGGAGCCAAAAACAAAGAGUUUGGAUUGUUGAAACUUAAAGUGCAAAUCAAAGUUUGAAAAAUUAGAUUCAAAGGGGGUUAAAUAAAACAAACAAGAAAAAUCCUUUAAUUUACUUCAAGGAGAAUGGAACCAUCUCAAUCUCAAAAUGAAACCCUUCCUAUCUCUUCUAAGGAAUCCCGCGUUAACCGCUUCAAGCCCAUUUGGCGAUUUUUCUUGAUUUCCAAUCUCGCUCUUGGAGCAUAUAUAUUUGCACAGGCAAGAAGGAAGAACUCAAGCAUUGCUGAUAACAAACCUGCUAAAAAGGAGGAGGAGCACAGCAAGAGUGAAACUGAAGCAGAUGUGUCUUCUGAUGCAGUGACGGAUGCUUUAGUUCAUGAGGAACCGCCGAUCCUUCCAAUUGUUGCAAAACCCCCAAAGGUUUUGGAUCCCAUUCCCGAAGAUCAGCAGCGUGAACUUUUCAAGUGGAUGUUGGAAGAGAAAAGAAAAGCCAAGCCUAGUGACCCUGAAGAAAAGAAAAGAAUUAAUAAAGAGAAGGCUGUUCUCAAACAGUUUAUUCGCACAGAAUCUCUUCCCAGAAUUUGAUUAUCACAUCUUGUUGUACUCGACAAAUUCUUGCUUUAUCAAAGAACAAAUUACUAUUGAGGAUGAAUUGAAAUAUCACAUGUCAAAGAUGGGAUUCUGGUUUUUGGUACCCAUCUCUUGUGAAAUUGAAUUACAAGAA